AUUGAGCAUAUGACAGAAGAGGAAGCGGAGAAGUAUGUGCGAUCGGUGCUGCUUACCAUAAAACCGCAAUUAUUCAUCAUUUCUACACCCAAUCAUGAGUACAACGAGGCUUUUGGUUUGCCCACAAACACGUUUCGUCACAAUGACCACAAGUUUGAGUUCACCCGACAAGGAUUUAGAUAUUGGUUGUACAACAUAAUGAAAGAGUUUUCGUCCGACUACAGUUAUACAGUCGAAUACGUUGGAAAUAUCUCUAAAUUCGCACACUUACAAGGUGCUACUCAAUUCGCUGUCAUACGACGGAAGUUCAGCAAAUCAGUUCUGGCGCUGCCUUACUCCAAUACAAGGCCAUUUAAGAAGGUUGGAGAAGUGAUUGCGAAGAACUCUUUAUAUUCGCUAGAACGUGAAAAAGUACGAGAAGCGUUCAAGCUGUGGUUGAGCCGAAAUCCACUACGAGAAAAUGAUUUAUUGAAGACGUUUGUGGGCAAUUACUGGCGAGUUGGUAUGUCAUCAGUUGUGGAUCUCAUAAAUUUGCCCGAACCUUUAAAGGCGAAGUUGAAUCAAAAAGCGCUAGUUGAUAUGCUCCGAUUUUUGUGCAAUGGUCGUAUUGUUUACGAAACUCACCAUGGUGAAGCUUGUCUAAAUAUCCCUCAUCAUGUGACAAAAGACGAGCUCAUCGGCAUAAUGAAUUCGAAGAACAUCGGAGGUCCUGCACCUCUUGGAUUAUGCGCGUAA